CACCUCCCAUGCCGCCCCCGACCCUUAAAAGGAACAGCGAGAUGAGGCGGCUCGCCUUUUAAAGUACUGCAACCACAGUGAUAACAACGUUGACAACAUGAAGCUCCUCGCCGCGCAUGUACUGAUGUGCAUGACACUGCAUGUUAUGGGUGCCGACGUGGCCUCAACUACCGUGACCCCAACGGUGACCACCCCUGCAGCCUCGGACAAGAAACGCGAAGCCCUCUUUGCACGCAAUGACUACGCGGCGCCCGGCGGCUAUUAUAACGGUGGUGCAGGCACUGGAGGCUACAACAGUGGAGGCUACAAUGGUGGAGGAUACAACAAUGGAGGCUACAACGACUACCAGAGUAGAAACUACGGAAGCGCUGGCUAUGGAAGCGGAGGCGCUGCCGGAGGGUCACUUGGGGGCGGCUACUAUGAUAAAUACAACACCUACGGCGGUGGAGCCGGUGGCGGCUACGGAAGCGGAGGGGUUGGAGGGGGAUAUGGAAGUGCAGGCUACGGAAGCGGAGGCUAUGGCUCCGGGGGCUACGGAAGUAGUGCCGGAUACGGAAACAAUAAUUAUGGAAGAUAUGACCAGUAUGGCAGCGGCUACAACAGUGGUGGAUCGGGUGGAUAUGGCACUGGCUACUCCAACAAUGGAUACGGCACCGGAUACAGCAAUGCUGGCUAUGGCGGUGCCAACAAUGCUGGAGGAAAUUACAACAACAGAUGUGACUUUUCAAGGUACAAUAACGACAAUGGUCGCUGGGGAGGCUAUGGAAGCGUGGACACGUGGCGAGGCAAUGGAUACAGCAACAAUAACAACUAUGGAGCCGGCGACAAUUGGCGCUACAACGCGGGCUCCAACUACGAACGACCCUACAACAGGGACUACGUCGAUUACUACACUGGUGGUGGCGGUUGGGUCAACACGCGGCCAGUUGGCAGCUCCAGCUACAUGCACGGGGGCAACUACCAAUAUCAACCCCAGCAAGGGUACCUGGGUUGAACCCGCCGAUUAAAUUAUUUUGCAACCAAAGAGAACCACGCUUGAGAUUGUACAAAAACAAGACAUAAGCCGAGAACUCCAAUAAAAUUAAAUUUCGUAGAUAUCAUAAGUAAAUCAAAUUUAAUUAUUUUUUUGUCG